AUGGCAUCCUCAUCUACAGGUAUGUAUGUAUCUGUAGAUUUUCAUUACAAUGGAUUCUUUUCGCCAAACCCAUUGGUGUACUUAGACCCCGUAAAAACAAAUGUACGUGAUGUGGAUUUUGGGGGAUUUACGUAUAAAGAGUUUCUUUUGUGGCUUACGAAAUUAACAAAUGGAGAAUGUGAUAAUGUCUACUACUGUAUGAGAAAGGAAAGCUUGUGUGAGGGUAUUAGAAGAAUCGACAGUGAUGCUGAUUAUUGGGAGUUUGUGGAGACUGUUUAUAGUCUGGAGAGUGAUAGUCUUGAGAGUGAGUUAGAUGUGUACAUUGACCACCGAAAUGAACCAAUUCUUGAUUGGGCUGAUAACGAGUUCUUAGAAGAUGGUAAAGGGUAUGAGUUGGAUGAGUUGGAUGAAGAGGAUGACAAGGAUUCUGAAGUUUCAAUGACAAUGGAAUAUGAACAUGAAUGGGAUGAUGAAGAUGAACAUACUUUUGAUAAAACUGUUAGAGACCCAUUCUUGGACAAACUUUCAGGGCAUAUUAGUGAUGAUGAUGAAGAGGAAGCAAACAAUGGGAAACUUAAGGAUGUUGUGUUCCCUGUCCAUAAUGAGAAUCAAGAAUGGGAGCAAAUGGUGCCAGUUUUGGGUAUGAAGUUUUCUAAUCCAUUGGAAUUGAAGUUGUGUAUCACCAACUAUGCAGUCAAAAAUGGAUAUGAUUUAUGGUAUGAGAAAAGUGAUCAUGAAAGGUUAUUGGUAAAAUGUUGUAAAGGAUUACUUGAGGCUGUGAAGGAAAGGGUCCCAGCAGCAGAGCAUAGGAAAUGUGCUAGGCACGUAUGUGCUAACUUCCUGAAAAGGUUUAAGGGCCAAGUGUUUAGAAAGCUUUUCUGGUUUUGGAAAGUAAUACCAUCUGGUUAUCAACAGUAUGAAGUCAGACUUGGGUAUGAUGCAUAUGUUGUGGAUAUUGGUAGUAGGACAUGUGCCUGCAGAACUUGGCAGUUAACAGGUUACCCUUGUGUGCAUGGGUAUGCUUGCAUUGCAAGCCUCAACAGGGAUGUAGAGGAGUAUGUGUCACCAUGGUUUACCACAUCAAUGUACCUAAACUGUUACAGGAAUACCAUUAACCCACUAAAUGGUAGUGACAUGUGGCCUCAUGUAGACUACAUCAGCCCAUUGCCCCCCAAAAGGAGAAGGCUACCAGGAAGACCAUCAACAAAAAGGAAAAGGGAUCAGAUUGAGAGGGAAAACCAAGGAAAAAAGCAUUCAAUCACAAAAAGAGGUAGUGUGAUGAAAUGCAGCAUAUGUAGGGAAAGUGGGCAUAAUAGAACAACCUGUCCUCAGAAACCAAUUGGGGAAUCAUCAAAUGCAAGUUCAAAGAAAAAGAAAUCCAAGAAAGCUGAUAAAGUGAAGGUUGUAUUGGCACAUGAAGUUGAUAUUGACAGUGACAGUGAAGUUGAAAUAGAACCUGAAAGUGAUGUUGACUCUUUUGAUCUUGAAUUUGAAGAUGAUGUGCAACCUGAAGUUGAAGAUGGAGUAGAACCUGAAGUCCAAGAUGGAGUGCAACAUGAAGUUCAAGAUGAAGUGCAAGCUGAAGUUGAACCUGAAAAUCAUCCUGAAGUUCAUGAUGCUAACCAAGUUGAAGUUCACCUUGCAGUUCAAGCUGAAGUUGAACCUGAAGUGCAAGUUCAAGUUGAAGAUGCUAACCAAAUUGUAGUUCAAGAUCAAGUGGAAAUACCAGCUUUUCAAGUUGUAGUGGGAAAGAGGGCAAGGAAACCUUCAGAAAGAAUUACAAAACUGAAGAUAAGAAAGAUGUGGGAGGGAAAACAGGGCAGUAGUGAUGACAAUCCGUAUGAGUUGGAUUAACUUUUGGCUUAUUGUACUGUUGUUAAUGUUUUUGGCAUCUUUGACUGACAUCUUUUAACUUUGGAAUCUUUUGGCACAUCUUUUGAAAACUAGUUGGAAUAGCUUAACUUUUUGCACAUCUUUUGG